GACCAUGAACGUGGAAUGUUUCUCAGAACCAGACUGUUCUGAACCAUGUGAUGAGAGCACCUGUAAAAAAGAAGACUGCAAGUGUGGAUCUUACUUAGAUGAAUGUAACUGUUGUUCCAUUUGCUACAAGUGCCCUGGAGAAGAAUGUUAUAUUUUUAAAGGUGAUGCAUGUGCAAUUGGCUCACAAUGCACCCAUCCAGAGGGUACGGAUCCUGUAGAUCGUUAUAACGAGGCUGGGGCGUGCAUCGCUCAUCGGGAUGAUUAUGAAGAAUAAGCAGGAAUUUUCAGGUUCUACUGCGUUCAUUCAAAAUCUUCUUGUCAAGAACUUAUUUGUAAUGCUUUCUCAAAUAAAUAAAUAAAUAGUCGAAAGCAGAAAA